AUGACUUCUAGCUAUGCACAUGUAAUGGACAGACAAGCAACGAUAUCUAGCAGACUGGAGAGUCCGAUUACAGCCAAUCUGGAAAACCUGCAGGCUAAAAAGAACUUCUCGGUGAGCCACCUGUUGGAUCUAGAGGAGGCAGGAGAGAUGGUUGGGACCCAGGCAGACGAGAAUGUAGGCGAGGCGGGCAGGAGUAUGCUGGAGUCCCCUGGCUUGACCAGCGGCAGUGAUACCACGCAGCAGGAGAAUGAGCAGCUGAACUCAGAGGAGAAGAAGAAGAGGAAACAGCGAAGAAAUAGGACCACGUUUAACAGCAGCCAGCUGCAGGCUCUGGAGAGGGUGUUUGAGCGGACACACUACCCAGAUGCUUUUGUCAGGGAGGACCUGGCACGCAGGGUUAAUCUAACCGAAGCCAGAGUACAGGUGUGGUUCCAGAACCGACGGGCAAAGUUUCGACGGAACGAACGCGCCAUGCUGGCCAGUAAGAACGCGUCUCUGCUCAAGUCCUACUCAGGAGACGUCACCGCCGUCGAGCAGCCCAUCAUUCCCCGUCCCGCCCCCCGCCCAAACGACUACCUGUCCUGGGGCAGUGCCUCUCCCUACAGCACCAUGGCAACCUACCCACCCACUUGUGCCAACACCACUUCCACCCAGGGAAUGAACAUGGCCAACAGUAUUGCCAACCUGCGACUGAAGGCCAAGGAGUACAGCCUUAACCAAGUGCCCACUGUUAACUGA